AUGCCUUCAAAGACAAAACGCACCGCUUUCGCUGUGGCAGAAAAGCCAGUAGUUGCAACUGCAACAUCGCAGCAGAUCGGCGUAUCGAACUCCAACCUGGACCGGGCGCAAAUAGUUAAAGCGUUUGAAGCGCUUGCUGCGCAUGUUGGCCGUCGUUCUUCCAGCACUGGCUCUUCUGCUCUGCCACUCGAUGGACCAUCAGGAAAUCUGCGUGAUCCUUGCAACGUGGUCUAUUUGCAAGUGACCUUGAAUAGGCUCAACCCAAGAUCACACGUUAAACCAAUGCGUAUCAACCUCCCGCAUGCACUUCACACUCCAGGUGAAAUCUCGGUCUGUCUUUUAACAAAGGAUCCUCAGAGGGAAUCCAAGGAUCUUCUGGUACAGGAAAAAAUCAAGUCUAUCAGUCGCGUGGUCGGGGUGGCCAAGUUGAAGGGAAAAUUCAAACCUUUUGAUGCCAGGAGACGUUUGGUUGAGGAUCAUGAUGUUUUUUUGGCGGAUGAUAGGAUUGUUCCUACCUUGCCCAAUUUGUGUGGUAAGGUGUUUUUUGAUGCCAAGAAAAACCCGAUUACCGUCGAGAUUACCAAAAAGGGAGAGGCACUCAGGAAGGAACUCGACAGUGCCAUCAGUGGCACAACGUUUGUCAAGAAUAAAGGAAGUUGUAGUAGUAUCAAAAUAGGCUAUCUGAACAAACACAGUGCGCAGCAACUGACGGAAAAUGUAAUCGCCCUUCUUCCCGCCCUAUUGGGCAAGGUCAAAGGAGGAUGGGAGAAUGUGCAUAACUUGGAUGUCAAGACGGGGAAUAGUGCUGCUUUGCCCAUCUGGAAUGCCAAGUUGGGGAUCAAGACCCAUGUUACUCCCAGCAAAGCUCUGACAUCCGAGACUUCCGAGCUCGUUGCGGUUGCGAAGAAGGCUUCUCCCAAGAACAGCAAGAAGCGUAGCGCCCUUUUGGAGGAGGAGACGACUGAGGAGACCAGCAGUAAGAAAAAGAUGGCAACUUUCAAGAAAUCAGCAGUAGUGCAAGAGCAAGAGCAAGUUGUAGCAACUCCGAGCAAGAAGGAUCCAUCUCCACGAAAGACUCGCGCCAAAGCUGCUGCUGCUGCUACGGUGGAGAAUGAGGCAGCUACAUCUACUCCAGUUAAGGCUGCUAGUGCAAGACCGAGAAAAACAGCGUCCAGUGUCAGUAGGAGGGCUAGCAAGGUCAAGUAA